CAAUCAAAACUGCUUCAAGCAAAAAGCCUAAGAAAUAGCAUCGGACCCAUUCAUCGACUCGGUAGACCAAAAGACAAACUCACCGAGUAAACAUACGCAACCUGUCGUGUGAGUAAAAAAAAACCAAUUUGAUAGUGAUCUCUAUGUUUGGUGGUGGAAGAGGGCCUAUGGGUGGCGGCGGAGGUAUGUUACGCGCCGCCGGUCGUGCGAUGACGAGGACUGGUGUAGCCAACGGUGGUAUUCAAGAUCCCUUUGCUUCUUCAUCAUCAUCGUCCACGUCGUCUCCGGCUGGAAACGCCUCUGUUUCGCAUGUCCAGAAACAGAGAUCUUCUUCUUCUUCUUCUGGGUCGAAUAAUCUUACGAUUUCCGCGGCUUCAGGGUUGUUGUUGAAUCUUCCGGUGGCUGCAACCUCCGGAUGGAACGGCGGCGCUUUUUCCUUUGUUAAUUCCGGAGGUUAUGAUGAUUUUGAGUGGGUUUCUGAGGAAGAAGACGAUUCUCUGUUUGGCUCUGUUCCUUCGGUUGAUGAAGUCCAAGAUGCUGUUUCUGCUCUCCAGCAGGUUUUCGAUGCUAGUUCAUAUUCUCAGCUGGUUAGAGACAAGUAUGAGUGCUAUCCGGAAAGUGGAGGUGGAAACCAGAGCCCUAUAGCCACAGGGAUGGUUCAUCAAGUUCCUUCGUUUGGGUCGGAUUUGGACUGGGUGGAGCCGUCAAUGCAACUAUGCCAUUCAAGAACCUUACAGCCUCAUGCUUAUGAUCAGGUUUACAAUGCUUUUGACCUACUACGAACCGAACCAUCUGUCCAGAAAAUGGUAGUAUCAUUGUCGUCUGACAAAGCAGUCUGGGAGGCGGUAAUGAACAACAAUGUGGUGCGAGAGAUUAGGGACUUGUACAACAAUGGCAUAAGUCAAGAUGAGGAGAGUUCAGAAGACACUCCCGGGGAGAAUAACGCAACAAUGGAUUUCAUAAAGUGGGUAUUUGAUAACACAAUGGUUAAGGCCACAGAAGUGUUUGUGAAAAUAACAAAGGUCGUGACCGAACUCUUCAACUGUUACAAUGGCGAUAGUGUUAACAACAAGGGAAAAGAUGCCAAAUUCAACAAUUGGCUCGAGGAAAGGCUGACGACUUCGGUCCUGCUCUCCAUCGUGGUUCUGCUGGUCGUGAUGGUGUCCCGAGCCUGCAACAAGUCUUGAUCGUUUCAAAUUAGCCGACAAUACAUAUGGUCUUUAUCACGCUGCUUGUUUAGCUUUGUUUCAGGUCAUAUUGUGGUUUGUUUGAUAAUCUUUGGUUCUGUACUCCAUUGUUGACAUUUUAGAAGACUUCUAUAAUAAGAACUCUGAAUGUGU